GGGAACGCGAGGAGGCAGCGGCGCGCGGGGGGCGGCGCCUCCCGGCGCUUUCUCCAAAUAAGUCCCGAAAAGGGGCCCUUUCCAGCGGCGGCGGCCAGCGGUGCCCACGUCAGACCCUCCCCCAGCGGUGCUGACGUCGGCCGCCCGGCCCGGUGACCUCAUCGCCCCAGUCGGCGGGCGGCCCGGCCCGGGGGGCGGGGAGAGGCGGGGGCGGCCCCGGCGGCGCAGGCAAAGGCUCGCGGGGCCGGGGCGCGGCUGCUGCAGCUCUCGCCGGAGCCGGACCGAGCCCAGCCCAGCCCAGCCGAGCGCCCCGCUGCGUGCGCUCCGCGCCUCCGCGCCAUGGCCGGCCUCAACUCGCUGGAGGCGGUGAAACGCAAGAUCCAGGCCCUGCAGCAGCAGGCGGACGAGGCGGAGGACCGCGCGCAGGGCCUACAGCGGGAGCUGGACGGCGAGCGCGAGCGGCGCGAGAAAGCUGAGGGCGAUGUGGCAGCUCUAAAUCGGCGCAUCCAGCUCGUGGAGGAGGAGUUGGACAGAGCUCAGGAGCGGCUGGCCACCGCCCUGCAGAAACUGGAAGAGGCGGAGAAGGCUGCAGAUGAGAGCGAGAGGGGAAUGAAGGUGAUCGAAAACCGGGCCAUGAAAGAUGAGGAGAAGAUGGAAAUCCAAGAGAUGCAACUAAAAGAAGCCAAGCACAUUGCGGAGGAGGCGGACCGCAAGUACGAGGAGGUAGCCCGGAAGUUGGUCAUCCUGGAAGGCGAGCUGGAAAGGGCGGAAGAGCGAGCCGAGGUGUCUGAGCUAAAAUGUGGCGAUCUUGAAGAAGAGCUCAAGAAUGUCACCAAUAAUCUGAAGUCGCUGGAGGCCGCCUCUGAGAAGUAUUCUGAAAAGGAAGAUAAAUACGAAGAAGAAAUUAAACUUCUGUCCGACAAGCUGAAAGAGGCCGAGACACGCGCGGAAUUUGCAGAGAGAACGGUCGCCAAACUGGAAAAGACCAUCGAUGACCUGGAAGCUUUCUUCCUCCACCCUAUGGAUGAGCUCUGCACAAGGAAGUUCAAGUUCAAGGCUCUCAGCCAGGUGCUGGACCAUGCUCUCCGUGAUAUAAGCUAUCCAUCUCUGAAAAGGCAGCUAGGGUGCCCAAGCUGUGUGCCCUUGACCAUGGCUGAAACCAAAACGUGGGCGCUUCGGCUUUUCUCACUCCCAAAAUGCUUUGCCAAAGCCGUGAAAGACGACAGCCAACUUGGCCGUGAGCUCGCCUCACUUAGCUAGCUGCAAUCUGCGUGCCAAUAGUUUUUCCUUAAAUAGCAAUUGGUUUUGAAUGGAGCCUGAUCCCCAUAAACCUCUUUGGCAGCUUCAAAAGAAAUCGGCAGAACUUGCAAAAGCCAGCAGGCCUGGGUUUAACAGGAGCCUGCGCUUGAAUGGGAUUGGAGCUACGAAUUCUCACGGCCGUCUUGGUCUCUUUUGUUCUGUUAACGCUCAGAAGGGGGACUUGGAGUUCCCUGUGUCUUCACUCCUUCAUGGGAACCUUCAUGAAGCUCCUAGUCCUGGGAGAGAGUUCACCUCCAUACCCUCUGCCCUUAAGGAUUUAUUUAUUUGAGAGGCAGAAUUACAGACAGAGGGAGAGAGAGAGAGAGAGAGAGAGAGAGAGAGAGAGGUCUUCCAUCUGCUGGUUCACUCCCCAGAUGGCCACAACAGCCAGAGCUGUGCCGACCUGAAGCCAGGAGCUUCUUCUGGGUCUCCCAUGCAGGUGCAGGGACCCAAGGACUUGAGCCAUCUUCCACUGCUUUCCCAGGCCAGAGCAGAGAGCUAGAUUGGAAGUGGAGCAGUCAGGACUAGAACCGGCACCCAUGUGGGAUGCCAGCACUGCAGGUGGAAGCUUAGCUGGCUGUGCCACAGGGCCAGCUCCUGGAAAUGACUUUUGAUCCAAGCCACAUCUGCCAGACGUGAAAAUCUCCAAUUAGAUCAUUCAUCUGGAACACUAGCUUGUCUUGCCUCAUCCUAUACUUUUGUAAUUCAGGUGGGAACCUCUGUCUCAAUUCUUCUUUAUGCUCAUUCCUCCAAAAAUACAGCUGCCUAAACUGCCCACACCUUUGCACCUGCCCCUUCAUCCUGUUCUAACUGCCUUCCAACCUGAACAUUGGCAUCAACUGUUGGCCUCAUGUACUGGCAUACGUAUGUCCCACCCCUGGAGAAGGGAGGCUGUGGGGGUGGUGGGAGGAGUUGUUUGGUUUGCUCUGUGUAUCUGUCCCUGGGAUUUUUUCCAGAAAUUUGCCACCUCCGCCCUUUGAAAUGACUCCACAGCCCGGCCUAUCCAGUUAUGCUACCUAAGCGCUUAAGCAGGUCUUCAUUGACAAAGAUUGGUGUUAAUGGAGCUUUCCUGCCAGUUUAGAGUUUAUGUUCUGAUUCUCCAGGGUAAAAAAAAAAAAAAAAAUCCACCUUUCAAGGGAAAGGUCUUUCCCUCUCAAGACCUAUCAACAAAAUAGACACCAGAGAAGCCAGGUGUCAAGGUGAAGUGCAGUCAGGCUGUGUAGACAAAAGGACAUCUGAGUUUCAGUGCUGCCUAGCUCUCUAACACAGUUCACUGUGCAACCUUGAACGAUACUAUGUAGCUUCUCUGCAAAACAAAGGUGAAGCUGCAAGUUAUUGGAAGGA